GCGAGAACCGGCUAGUAAACAGCCCGCCGCCGCCGCCGCUCGCUCCGUCUUCCCUUCCCGGGGCAAGCCAGAGGUGCAGGCGAGGGAAGCGGCCGGCUUGCAAGCGAGGGGAGCGCAGCCAGGGCGCGAGGCGCAGCCAGCCGGCCAGCCGCGGAGAGUGCAGGUUACUAUGGCAAUGACUGCAGCGACUCCGACGUCUUCUCCUAUGAGCAACCACACCCGGGAACGAGUCACGGUGGCCAAGCUGACGCUGGAGAACUUCUACAGCAACCUCAUCCUGCAGCAUGAAGAGAGAGAAACCAGGCAGAAGAAACUAGAAGUAGCCAUGGAGAAAGAGGGCUUAGCAGACGAAGAGAAAAAGCUUCGAAGAUCUCAGCACGCCCGGAAAGAAACUGAAUUUUUAAGGUUGAAAAGGACGAGGCUGGGCCUGGAUGACUUUGAAUCCCUGAAGGUGAUCGGAAGAGGGGCCUUUGGAGAGGUCCGAUUAGUUCAGAAAAAAGAUACGGGUCAUAUUUACGCCAUGAAGAUAUUGAGAAAAGCUGACAUGCUGGAAAAAGAGCAAGUGGCUCACAUCCGAGCAGAAAGGGACAUCCUCGUUGAAGCCGAUGGUGCCUGGGUCGUGAAGAUGUUCUACAGUUUUCAGGACAAACGCAACCUUUACUUGAUUAUGGAGUUUCUUCCGGGAGGUGAUAUGAUGACUUUGCUCAUGAAGAAGGAUACGCUCUCUGAGGAAGAAACACAGUUUUAUAUCUCAGAAACCGUGCUCGCUAUCGACGCCAUUCACCAGCUGGGGUUCAUUCACAGAGAUAUUAAACCUGAUAAUCUUCUGCUGGACGCAAAGGGCCAUGUAAAACUCUCUGAUUUUGGGCUAUGCACAGGUUUAAAGAAAGCUCACCGAACUGAAUUCUACAGAAACCUCACGCAUAAUCCACCAAGUGACUUCUCGUUUCAGAAUAUGAACUCCAAAAGGAAAGCAGAGACAUGGAAGAAGAACAGGCGACAACUGGCCUAUUCAACGGUCGGGACUCCGGACUACAUCGCGCCCGAGGUUUUCAUGCAGACGGGUUACAACAAACUCUGUGAUUGGUGGUCUUUGGGCGUCAUCAUGUACGAGAUGCUAAUAGGAUACCCCCCAUUCUGCUCUGAAACACCCCAAGAAACGUAUCGAAAAAUUAUGAAUUGGAAAGAAACGUUGGUAUUUCCGCCGGAAGUUCCCAUUUCAGAAAAAGCAAAAGACCUCAUUUUAAAAUUUUGCAUCGAUGCUGAAAACAGAGUCGGCAGCAACGGAAUAGAAGAAAUUAAGAGCCACGCAUUUUUCGAAGCGGUGGAUUGGGCCCACAUCAGAGAAAGGCCAGCUGCCAUCACUAUAGAGAUCAAAAGUAUAGAUGACACCUCCAAUUUCGAUGAAUUCCCCGAAUCUGAUAUUUUACAACCAGUGCCGAACACCACCGAACCGGAUUUCAAGUCCAAAGACUGGGUUUUCCUCAAUUACACCUACAAGAGGUUCGAAGGGCUGACUCAGCGGGGCUCCAUCCCGUCUUACAUGAAGGCCGGGAAGUUGUGAGAGACGCAGCGGGCCAGGAAGCGUAAGAACUCAGGUACCCCGCCUGCCUCCGCUCCGUCUCCACCCGCUCCGGCGUUCCCGCAGACCGGCGCCCCCACGGACUCUCCCUAAACCCCCCCUCCUCCCUCCAAAAAGAAUUAAGGAAUUCUACCGGAUUAGAAUUUUCCGAGACUACGGACAGUUGGCAGUGCCAGCUGGCGGCUUCUAUCAAUAGCGAAUUAUUUUUGUUAAAACUUUAUUACAACAGAGGUACUGGAAAUUGAAAGGGAAAAAAGAGAGAGAGAGAGAGAGAAGAAGAAGAAGAAAAAGAAGAAGAAGAAGAAGCAAACCGACAUUUCCUCUUUGUAUCUGCACUGCCGAAAUGUACAUUGUAAUGGUCAAUUCUGCCACCUGGGUCACUUGGUUUAUGGUUUGAAGAGUGGUGGGUUCCAGCCGGUACGGUCCUGUACCGCCAUACCGGUAGUAGCCGGGAGCAGCGGACAGCGUCCUGGUACGGUGGUUCGUUUGGCCCACCCGCCUGCCCGCGUUCUACACCGGUUUUUAAAGCAAUCGGCCAAUUGCGCACGCACGGACCGUGUGCAGCACCCGUGUGAGCUCCGACAAGCAGCUGGGUGUCGCAGGGGUGGUGGAGUACCUAUGCGUGCUCAGCGCGUGUGCACGAAAGGACACACGGCCCAGUGAGCACCAUACUGGUAGCAGCGGGGAGAGGAACCCACCACUGGGUUUGAACUACAUGUCGGUUCGCCCAGGUGUUAAAAUGAGGGUGUUUGUGUAAGAGGUCUAUUGUGGCGACGCAAUGACUCCAAACUAAUGACAUCUUUUACUCCACCUUUCAACUUAGCUUCUUCAUCAACAAAGGUGUUUACCUGGGCAGUUUUUUAUGGUAGAAAGGACAGGUAAUCCUUGACUUACAACAGUCCAUUUAGUGACCAUUUCGAAGCUGCGACGGCGCUGAGAAAAGUGACCCGCGGCCUUUUUCUCCACACUUGUGUCCGUUCCAGCCUCCCCGUGGUCACACGGUCAAGCUUCAGAUGUUUGCCAACCGACUCGUAUCUGUGACGGUUGCAGUGUCCAGGUGAUCCCCUUUUGCGACCUUCCGACCCACAGAGUCAACGCGGAAAGCCGGAUUCGCUUAACAACUGCGUGACUCACUUAACGCCUGCGGCGAUUCACGUAACAACUGUGGCUAGGAAGGUCGCAAAAGGGGACAGACGAACCGAGGCCUGGCCUAACCAAAGAGGUUUGGGGGCCCAGUUGGCGGUCGUACGUCGAGGAUUACCUGUACGAAAAACGCAAAGAAGGGGAAGCCACGUUCGAUAACGCGCUCCGUUGUAAAGUUAUUUAAACGAGCUAUUUUUAAAUAGGAUUUUUUUUUGCCACACUCGUUGGCUUCUUGCUCUCGCUCAGGGCUCCUUCGUAUUAACACUAAAGAGAAGCGACUCCUUCAGAUUGUAAUUCGUAGUCAAACUGGUUUGGAACUGGACUCAACCCUUAAGGUGAGCCUUUAGCUGCUUUCAGAAGUGAAACAAAUCAGGGGUGAAAUCGUACCAGUUCGCCCGAACCGGUAAUAAAAAAAACGAAACCAGUUCGGGCAAACUAGU